AUGGAAACGGAAAGUGGAUACGUCCCGAAGAACAUCCUCAUUACGGGAGGAGCAGGUUUUAUAGCGUCUCAUGUGGUGACCCUGCUGGUGAACAAGUACCCCCAGUACAAGAUCGUGAAUCUAGAUUGUCUGGAUUAUUGCGGUACAUUGAAUAAUCUCAAGGAGGUCGAGAACAAGCCGAAUUACAAGUUUGUAGAGGGAAAUAUCAUGAGUUCCUGCUUUGUCCGUUAUGUUCUGAAAAGUGAAGAAAUUGAUACUGUGAUCCAUUUUGCCGCGCAGAGCCACGUCGAUAACUCCUAUGGAAACAGUCUGACAUUCACGUAUAACAACGUUGUGGGAACGCACGUGAUGCUCGAGGCCUGCCGGCUCCAUGGCAUCAAGCGGUUCAUCCACGUCAGUACAGACGAGGUGUACGGUGAGCAGCAGGAUGGUCAGGAGAACGUGACUGAAACGGCUCUAUUGAACCCUACAAACCCGUACGCUGCCACGAAGGCCGCCGCGGAGUUCAUUGUGAAGGGCUACCAGCACUCCUACAAGAUGCCGAUCAUCAUCACUCGCUCCAACAACGUCUAUGGUCCUCAUCAGUAUCCCGAGAAAGUAAUUCCUAAGUUCAUUAACUUGGUGAAGCGCGGACGUCCCAUGACGAUCCACGGCAAGGGAAACAAUCUCCGAACAUUCCUCUAUGUGCGUGAUAUCGCGAAAGCGUUCGAUCUGAUUCUCCACAAAGGCAGGACGGACGAGUUGUACAACAUCGCGGGUCGAAGUGAGGUGACUGUGCACGAAGUGGCCCGAGUCAUUUGGAGACUGAUGGGAAUGGAAGGAGACGUGGAGGAACACAUCCAGUACGUGAAGGACCGCGAGUUUAAUGAUUAUCGAUAUGCGAUCGAUGGUCGCAAGUUGGAGAAACUAGGCUGGAAAGCGGAGACGGAUUUCGAGGAUGGAAUGAAGGAGACUGGUAGGCGCGCUGGAAAAGGUGGAAAAGGAGGAAAGGGAGGAAAGGCCCCCUCGACAAAGAAGCAGGUGACGACCCGUUCGACAAAGGCAGGACUUCAGUUCCCUGUCGGUCGUAUUCACAGAUUCCUGAAGGGUCGUGUAUCUUCUAGACAGCGUGUGGGAGCCACUGCUGCCGUGUAUAUUGCUGCCAUUUUGGAAUAUCUGAGCGCCGAAGUGCUGGAGUUGGCUGGAAAUGCUUCCAAGGACCUGAAGGUGAAGCGUAUCACUCCCCGCCAUCUGCAGCUCGCUAUUCGCGGAGACGAAGAGUUGGAUACUCUUGUCAAGGCUACGAUUGCUGGAGGAGGUGUCGUUCCGUACAUUCAGCCCACUCUUAUCGGAAAGGACGGAAUUGAGGAGGAUGAGAAGGAGUUGGAGAUGGAAGAGGUGGAUGAUGCUGAGUAA